GGCGGCCGGCGCGGCAUACACCCGUGUGAGGAAGACGCAAGGACGCUUUAAUAUUAUUGUUUCUAGUGCAGGACCCAGUGUGUCAGGCCCGCCAUGGUGUGAUACGUCCCCGACAACGAUGUCCACAUGGUGAGGGGGGUCGCCGCACCCUGAAAUACCCUGGAAACUUGAUAAAUAAGGCCCAACAGGGGGACGAGUCACUGCCCGCCAGAGUGUAUCCAUCCAUGGAAUCAGGAUGGGUGACAGACAGCGUAAUUUCGCGCAGUAUGCCACAGCCCUCAACCAGUUUGCAAGUUUCAACAAUGAGAGUGGAGCGGGGGAGCGGGGCGGCCGGGACCGUGGGGAGGGCGGGGCGGCCGUGGGGGGUAACAGCGGGGCAGCGGGAGGGGCGAGUCACGGGGCGGCAGCGGCGGCGGCGGGGGGCGCUGCUCUUUGGGGCGAGCUAAGCAGAUCCCUUCAGUACAACAACUACCCGGGCUUCGGCUCAGCAUGGCAAGGAGGCGCUGCUGGGGACAUGCGGCUGUACGGCUAUGGUGGGUACGGUGCGGAGGGGCAGGUGGACGGGCGAGGCGAGCCGGGGCGCCCCGAGGGUCGUCGCGUGCCCAGCAAGGGUGAGACCAAGGCCACGCCGCCGCUGCCCGGCAUGGCGCCCGGCGUGGGGUCCGCCCUGGCCUCCCUGCAGCAGCUGGUAGCGGGCGGCAACGACCCCGCCACCGUGUACCGCAGCCUGCUGGCCGCACGGCAGUACGCGGCGGCGGCGGCGGCACUCGGCGGCCUGCCCAACCCAGCCUCCCUGCACCCUGCCGCCCCGCCUCUGCCCCCGCACCACCAGCAGCAGCAGCAGCAGCAGCAGCAGCAGCAGCAACAACAGCAACAACAACAGCAGCAGCAACAGUAUAGGAGGCAGCAGCAGCAACAACAGCAACAACAGCAGCAGCAUCAGCAGCAGCAGCAGCAGCAGCAGCAGCAACAACAACAACAACAACAACAACAACAACAGCAGCAGCAGCAGCAACAGCAGCAGCAGCAGCAGCUGCACCAUCAGCACCACCAGGCGGCGGCGUUGGUGUCGGCGGCCACGGCGGGGCUCAAUGGUGAGGGGCUGGCCCUGCACGGGGCGGGGCGCCUGGGACAGCAGCAGCAACAGCCCUCUCCCCAGGGCCGGAAAUCCGACCCCCAGCCCUCCCCAGGCCGCACGGCGCGGCCUCGUCCUCCCUCGGCCAGCAGCCUGGCCUCGGAGGGCGCCGCGCCUCCCGCCAAGGUGAAGGAGGGCAGUGAGGGGGGCGAGGGUGGUGGCGAAGGUGGCGGGGAGGGGCGGGGUCGGGGCCAGAGCGGCAGUGAGAGUGAGGGUGACCAGCGCACCCGCCACCGCCGCAAACAGGAGCAGCCGCGCCGCCAGACCGUCAUCUACCCGGUGGCGGCCCCUGGGGCUGCCCCUGGCGCCGCCUCGCAGCCCGCGCCGGCAGACUCCAGCUCUGACGACUCGCAGGGGUACGACGUGCUGCUGACCCGCGCAGGGACGGAGCAGCGCGGCAGCCCCGCCGACUCCCUGCGCAGCGACUCCCCUGCCGACACCGCCCCGCGCCACGCCGGCCCGCCCCGCGACGCCUUCCCAGGCGCCGCCAUGAGCCAGGCCAUGAGCCACGCCUUGGCGCACCCUUUCCUGGCCGCCCACCUCAACACCUCACAGCUGCUGCAGGUGGCGCCCCCCGCCGCCCAACCCCACCCUCCCCCUGUGAAGGAGGGCACGUCGUCCCCCGCCCCCACGCCCCACCUGCCUCAGCUACAGGUGCGCACCGACCUACUGGAGCCCCAUCCCCCUAAGGAGCUGCCGCGCCCCCUCUCCCACCCGCCUCUGGGCCUGCCCGAGGUGGAGGUGAGCCGUGUGAGGACGCCGCCCGCCGACCGCUGCCGCCGUGCGCCUAUGCUGCCCCUGUCGGCGCUGGGCGGCGGUGGCGGCGGCGGCAUGGGCCUGGCGGAGGCAGCAAGCCCCGCCCCAGUGAACGGUGUGAGUGUGUCGGGGGAGGAGGGGGGCAGCCCCGGCGCGGCGCCCCCCCAGGACUACUUCAAUGGUGAUCACGACAUGUUCGACGCGCCGCGCCGCGCCGCCAAGAAGCGCAAGUGUGACGCUUCGCCCCCCGGGGCCGGGUCAGGGGCUGGGGCUGGUGCGGGGCCCGCGGUGGCCGGGGAGAGUGAGUUCGCCCCGCUGGAUGGCGCGGGGGGCGAGGACACCAAGCGGCGCACGCGGCAGAAGCGGGCCGUGUCCUACGUGGAGGACGGCACAGACCCCGUGCUGGAGAUGAACGAAGACUCGCUGGACGGCGCCCCCGCCAGGAAGCGUGGCCGACCCGCCUCUCCCACCACCCACGCCCAAACCCACGCCCACACCCACACUCACGCCCCGCUGGUGGACCCGCCGCUAUCCUCGCCCGGGGGCGGCCGCCGUGGCAGGGGUGCCCUGCGCGGGGCGCCGCGGGGCCGCGGCCGGGGUGGCAUGGAGAUGGUGGGGCUGACGGAGCCCCUGCACGUGGACACGGGGGAGCUGGACCUGCGCGUGCCGGGGCCGCCGCCCCCAGCGCCCUCCUCCUUCAGCCCUGACGUGUACGACUUCAAUGACACGGACGGGGAAGGCGGGGGUCGGGGCAGGCGGGGGCGGCGAGGUCGGAAGAAGGGGUGCAGCCCCCGGAAGAGCUCCAAGUCCCCCAUGGAGGGUGGCAAGGCGGCCCUCAGCCCCCGGCCCCCCCAGGAACACUCCGCCCUCAAGUCCCCGCGCUCGCCGAAGUUCUUCUCCACCUCACGCAGCCCCGGAGGAGAGCGGGGCAGGGAGUGGCCCCGCGCCGCGUCCCCGUCCCCCAGGGACCACCCCAACGCCGCCGUCGACAGUCCCGCCGCCUGCCCCGAGGUUCCCGCAACUACGCCCGGCCCCAGCCCAGAGGCCUGUCUGGAAGGGCGCGAGGCGGCAGCGGGGCAGGACACCCCCGCGGUGGACGGAGCACAGGAGGGAGAGGGGGGCGUGGUGUCCCCGCGGAGAAGCAGCAGGCGGGGCAGGGAGCCCCAACUCUCACCCCCUGCCCCGCCCCACCACGUGCCGCCUCCCGUGCCCAGAACCAACACAACACUCUCAGGGGCCCCAGGCGGGGCAACCCCCCCCUCAGGCAGCUGCCAGCCCCCCCAUCCCGGGGCCGGCACCCCCACACAACCCUACGACACCCAGCCGCUCCCACUGGGGGACGGGGGCGCCGAGGAGGCCUCUCCCCUGGCCUCCCCCGGCAGCAGGAUGAGGACGCGGGGCAUGCGGGGCGGCGACGCGCCCGUGCAGGACGGCCCUCUCCACCACCACCCCCACCACCACCCGCUCCCGCUCCACCACCAGCACCACCAUCCCCACCACCACCACCACCACCAGCAACAACACCAUCACCACCAUCACCACCACCACCACCACCACCACCAGGCCCCCGAAGCCCCACGGGAAACACAGGGCGAGGCGCCCCCUGCUGCGGCCCCGGACUCACUGACAGCCGCAGAUGUGGGUGAAGAGGGGCGCGGCGAGGGCCUGGCUGUGGCUGUGUCUGGGGUGGAUGGGGCUGUGGUAGGUGGGAGUGGGGGCGGGGCUGGGGGUGGGGCUGGGGCUGGGGCUGGCAAGGGUCGGGGCAAGGGCAAGGCUAAGGGCAAGGGUAAGGGGAAGAAGAAGAGCCUUGGGCGUGGGCGAGGGGCGGCAGUGCUUCCAAACACCACCACACCACACCAGUGUCUCGCUGUACCUGACCACGCCCCCCGCCACCCCUCCCCGCCCAGCUCCGCCACCACCACAGCCGCCGCCACGCCCGUACCCGACCCCACCCUCACCACCACACCCGCCAACACCCCCAUCCCAAUUCCCAUCCCCACCCCCACCGCCGCCCCGCCCCCGCAGGAGCAGGAUUCUCAGCAGCGGGGCAGGACGGACGUGGCGGAGGUGCGGGGCGGCAGUCCCUGCCAUGCCCUGGCCAGCCCCAAGGUGGAGUGUGACAGCCCCGGGGCCGCCGGGGACCCCGCGGUGUCUGUGAUAGUCCCCAGCGCCUGGGAGGCCGAGCCCCGGGGCCGCCGCCUCAGGACCCGACCCGCCCCGGCCAAGCAGGAGGCCAAGUGUGAGGCGGCGCCGCCCCAGGGCCUUACGCCGACCCCGCCCACGCCCCCGGUACCCGCCAAAACCCCGCCCGCUGAGGCUGCCGCCCCCAAGGUGGAGCCGUGCGACCCCAAGGUGGAGCCCCAGGACACCAAGUACGACCUGCCACACGACGCCCACGCCCACCACUUGGACGUGAAGCCCCUAGACGUCCUGCCAGACCCCGCGGCGCCACCACCCUCCCCACCCCAGCCCCCACCCCCGCCCAUCCAGGCCAGCACAAAUGUGACCACUCAGGAACAUCCCCCUGCCCCCGUGGCGCCGCCCCCCGCCCCACCCCCGCCUCACGGCAACGCCACCGCCCCCGCCCCCGCCCAGGGGGAGGCGGACGUGGACGCAGAGACCGUGGAAAAUAUCGCCCGCUUCCUGGAGGAGACUGCGCCCGCCGCGCCCGGCGCCAGCGGCGAGGCGGCGCCCGCGCCUACGCCUGGCCCGGGUCCCGCGGCGGGCGAGAGCUACGCUGAGCGGCGGCCGAAGCGCGCGUCGCGGCCGCCGCGUGAGGGCGCCAUGACGGACCUGCUGCUGCUGCUGCAUCUGGAGGAGGAGGAGGAGAGCGAGGACGAGGACUACGUGCCGGGGCAGGCGGCGCUGCCCGGGGACGACAGCACGCAGGAUUCAGACGACCCUGACGCUGAGGACGACUCAGACGACCCCGACGAUCACUCCUCCACCGACCAGGACGACGACACCCUCGCCCCGCACCCUGCCUCGGACCAAGACCCCGCCCCGGGCCCCGCUCACCGCCCCGCCAAGCCCGCCGCCGCUGCCCGCCACAAGGCACUGAAGAAGGGCGGCAAGAAGGGCGCGCGGCGCGGCAAGCCUCCCAAGGUGAAGGCCAAGGGUCGCGGGCGCGGCGAGGAGUGCGAGGCGGGGCGGCGGAAGGGCGGUGGUGGUGGUGGUGGUGGCGGUGGCGGUGGUGUUGGUCGCGGGGAGCGCGGCCCCAUGGUGCGGGUGUGCCGGGACGGAAGCGGCAGGGAGGCGGUGGUGAACACGUGGCGGCGGGCGGCCGAUGAGGAGGAGGGUUUGGUGGGCGGGGUCGGGGGUGGUGGGCACGGCGUGGGCGGCAGCAGCGUACCGUUCUACUGCCGGCUGGAGGCGCGACACAAGGCGGCCAAGGUGGGCUACACCAGCACGCUGCACACCAACUACGACGCCUUCGUCAAGGACACCACCUGGUUCUGUGCCUUCUGCCGCCGCUACAGCCACGCCACGGCCCUCGGCGACCUCUACGGCCCUUACUUCCUGCACGGCCACCACGCCAUCACCAAGAAGGCCGUGCCCAACGUGGUGGAGGGCCAGGUGGUGGACCACGCCCCGCCCACCGCCAACACCACGCCCACCACCACCACCACGCCCACCACCACCAUGCCACCCACACACCAGCCGCCGCCGCCACUCCAGGACCCCUCCCACCCCGCCCACCCCGCCCACCCUACCCACACCACCCCGCAGCGCGUCAAGAAGAGAACCCCACGCAGGGAGUCCGCCUCAGAGGCCCCGCCCAUCACAAAGCCUGAGCAAGUUACGCCCCCGCCCCUUCAGCCCCUGCGGUUUGUGCCAGCUGCUACCCCUGCGAGGAUGCUGGGUCGCACAAACAACGCUGGUUUCUCCUCCCCGACGUCCUCCUCCCCCCCAGCCACCACCACCGCCACCACCACCACUACCACCACCACCACUGCCACUGCAGCCCCCAGGUGGAGGUAGCCUUGGCCUCUCCCAGCCAGCCAGCACCCAGGGGACCACAGACUACCCACAGGGACGGAGUGUUGGGUCCACGAGGCCUGUCUUGUGUGGGCGCCAGGGGUCCAUGUCAGUAACAGCAAAUUGUGUGGAUUGGAGGAUGCUGUUACGAUGGCUCAGGACAGCGUAUGCCAGCACUGCCAGGAGGGAGGUGCCACAGUAGGGUGCCUCGGAAAAGGGUGCAGCGCAAUGCUUCAUGUACCCUGCGCUGUGCAACUCAACUGGAACCUUGACCUUCAUACCUUCAAGUCUCUAUGCCCCAAACACACGGUGUUGAAAUAGAGACGGAUCGUGGCCCGGUCCGGUUCACGUCCCACGAGGCGACAAGAUACAAAAUAUAAACAAAAAAAAUGGAAUGCAAGAGAUAGCAAUUGAGAGAAAGUGAGAGAGUGAGCGAGUGAGCGAGAGAGAGAGAGAGAGAGAGAGAGAAACCCAGGAAUAAAAAAAAUACUAGAAAUCUCAGUUUUAUUUUGCAUUUGUAAUAUAUUGUACAUAAUAACGUUUUGUAUCUUUGUCCAAUGUGUGUGUGUGUACGUGUGUGUGUUUGCUGGACGGACGGACGGACAGACAGACAGACAGACGGACAGCGAGUGGUUUGCUCCGAACGUUAAAAAUUCCGAGAGAUGGAGAUGGAUUUUUACGGGAAGAGAAUUGAAAUAUGGUUCGGAAAUGAGAAAAAAUGAUAAGAAUUUGUUGUUUGCGAUUAAUUAGUUUGAAAAAUGUUGAGUUUUGUCGGAAAUUAAUUUGGAAAGGAUAGAAAUGCAAGAAAUAUAUUAAUGAAUGUGGAAAAAUUGAAAUAUGGUUUAGAAAUGAGAAAAAUGAUGAAGAAUUUGUUGUUUGCGAUUAAUUAGUUAGAAAAAUGUUGCGUUUUUCCAGAAAUUAAUUUGAAAAGAAUGGAAAUGCAAGAAAUAGAUUAAUGAAUGUGGGAAAAUUGAAAUAUGGUUUGGAAAUGAGAAAAAUGAUAAGAAUUUGAUGCGUUUUUGAUAAAUAAGUUAGAAAAAUGUUUAGAGUUUGUUGAGAAAUAUUUUGAAAACGCUAAAAAUUCCGAGAGAUGGAUAAAUACGAGAGAAUUUAAAUAUUGAUGCAAAUUAAUGAGGAAAAUGAUGAAGAAUUUGUUGUUUGCGAUUAAUUAGUUUGAAAAAUGUUGAGUUUUUCCGGAAAUUAAUUUGGAAAGGAUGGAAAUGCAAGAAAUUGAUUAAUGAAUGUGGGAAAAUUGAAAUAUGGUUCGGAAAUGAGAAAAAAUGAUAAGAAUUUGUUGUUUUUGAUUAAUUAGUUAGAAAAUUGUUGAGUUUUGUUCGGAAAUUAAUUAGAAAAGAAUAAAAAUACGAGAAAUAGAUUAAUUAAUGUGGGAAAAUUGAAAUAUGGUUUAGAAAUGAGAAAAAUGAUAAGAAAUUGUUGUUUGCGAUUAAUUAGUUUGAAAAAUGUUGAGUUUUUCCGGAAAUUAAUUAGAAAAGAUAGAAAUACAAGAAAUAGAUUAAUGACUGUGGGAAAAUUGAAAUAUGGUUUAGAAAUGAGAAAAAAUUAUGAAAAAUUUGUUGUUUGCGAUUAAUUAGUUAGAAAAAUGUUGAGUUUUUCCGGAAAUUAAUUUGAAAAGGAUGGAAAUGCAAGAAAUAGAUUAAUGACUGUGGGAGAAUUGAAAUAUGGUUCGGAAAUGAGAAAAAUGAUGAAGAAUUUGAUGCGUUUUCGAUAAAUAAGUUAGAAAAAUGUUUAGAGUUUGUUGAGAAAUAUUUUGAAAACGCAAGAAAUUCCGAGAGAUGGAUAAAUACGAGAAAAUUUAAAUAUUGUUGGAAAUUAAUGAGGAAAUGAUCAUGAUUUGUUACGUUUUUGAUAAAUAAGUUUGAAAAAUGUUGAGUUUGUCGAGAAAUUAAUUAGAAAAGAUAGAAAUACGAAAUAGAUUAAUUAAUGGGAAAAUUGAAAUAUGGUUUAGAAAUGAGAAAAUUAUCAAAAUUUGUUACGUUUUCAAUAAAUAAGUUAGAAAAAUGUUGAGUUUUGUCCAGAAUUAUUUAGAAAGGGAAGAAAAUUGAGGAAAUGGAAAGGUGUAUACCCUUUCAAAAAUUUCAAUUAUUUAUUUAUUAAACACAUUUUUUAUCCAGAAUUAUAUAAAAAAAAAUAAGGAAAUGAAAAGGUGUAUGCCCUUUCAAAAAAUUAUUCAGGAAACUAAUUUUUAUCCAGAAUUAU